CGGAAGGUUUGGUAACAUCCAUCCCUAAAGAUUUACAAGUGCUUCAGAUUGAUAUGGAGGUACUCUCGCCACAGCAAUCAUUGACAAAAGCCGAUGUAGGUGCUUCAAAUGGGAGCAUUCCCAAAGAAGAAGGCAGUCAAUUUUCGAACCUACCCUGUCGCCAUAGGAGGAGCGACGUCCAAUCCUCUACAAAUGGAAUGGCCUUCCACUACAGAUGCCACCAAGAAGGCACACCAAUAUUCUUGGAUUGAGGAACUAAAAUUACCUACGGGGGAUGCCACCAAGAAGGCACACCAAUAUUCUUGGACUGAAGAACAACCUUAUCCGGAUGAUGCCCCCAAGAAGGCACACCAAUAUUCUUGGACUGAGGAACCACAAUUACCUACGGGGGAUGCCACCAAGAAGGCACACCAAUAUUCUUGGCCCGGGGAACAACAAUUACCUACGGGGGAUGCCACCAAGAAGGCACACCAAUAUUCUUGGCCCAUUGAACAACAAUUACCUACGGGGGAUGCCACCAAGAAGGCACACCAAUAUUCUUGGACUGAGGAACAAUAA